UUUUGGUAAGGUUGCAAUUAAACGAAUUUUCACAACGAUUUGAAAACUAAAUGAAAUCAAACGAAAAACAAUUUUCCGAAAACUGUGCAUGACUCCAUGCGCUUAUAAAAAGCCCAUGAAAUCCGCGAUCCCAUAAAACCAAUUGUUGUAUUAUUUUUAAUAAGUGAUUUAACGCUUUUAAUUUGAAUGUGAUCCCAUAAAGUGUGAAUUAAUUUUCCAAAAUAUGAAAAAAUAAAACAACAAAAGAGAAAAAAGUGCACACCUUCACAUCUAGCAGCAAACGCACAUAAAUAAGUGCUUGAACGCAGCAAAAAACGAAGAAUGCCCACAACCUCAUCCUCAUAUGUAAUGGGUGUAAAAAUAUAAGGAAAAUUGUGAAAUUGUGAAAUACAAAGCCAAACAUUCUUAUUCUUGUGUGCUCUUUUGUUUUUUUCCGAAACUGCGAACUCUUCAGUUUUCUUUGUUUCUUGGACGCAAUUUUCAACGAGGUGCAUCAUUUUCACCUAAAAGAAUAUAAAAAUUUCCCGUUGAUUUCGAAAUUUUCAUUUCUUGUAGAAUAAACAUUUUUUAUAUUCGAUUCGCAGCGUAAAAACUGUACGAGCAGAACCUCUCGAAUCGGGGAGAAGGAUUGAGUCUUUUGUUUUGUGUGCAUAUUGCGCGAUUGGUAAGUUACUUUUCUGUUGAUAUUAUUGUGCUACGUCGUAUUUCAGCCGCUUUAAGGCUAAGUGACAAGAGGUGUGCAGUGAUUGGCAGACUAUUCUGCAUCUAUAAAAUCAGACUGCAGUCAUAAUAUAAUGGGCAGUUCUGAGUCAACACUUCCCACGAUGGAAGACACUAAUAGUGAAAGUACCACAACACAAAAUGGAUCGAAUGGACUGGACGAAGUGGACAACAUUAGAGCAGAAGCUAUCUCACUUAAUACAGAAGUUGUGACAAAUAAUGAAGCUGUCGACGAUCCUUGGUGGUGGGAAAUAGAAAAUGAAAAUUUGGUUUUAGAUCAAGUUGCUAAUAUAAGAACGCUUUUUAGAGCGACUGAAUAUGAUAAUCAAAGUGUAUUGCAAGUUUCUGAUAGUAAUCAGAAUAAUGAUAAUGAUGUGAACAGUAAUGAAAAUAAUUGUGAUAUAAAAACUGAAAGUGAAGUGAGUAAACCUAGUGAUUCAGUUAAUCCCAAUGUUACGAAUUUAAGUCUAACUUCUGUUGAAGUAUUAAUUAAUAUUAAUGAUUUGUGUGAUAUUUCGGAGAGAUCGGAAAUAAUUAGUGAUUUAAAAACAGACAAUGUUAAAACUCCACGGGAGCAAACGCUAGAAGAAUUCAAAGAAGAAUUACGCAUUAAACGCAUGAAACGACAAACGGCCGUUCAAGAUUUACGCGACGAAAUUUCGUCUUUGCGUGCGCAAUUAGCAACCGAACAAGCGAUAAAUAGUCAAUUGCGUAGUGGUGAAUCCGUACCCAAGAGUUCUCAUGAGGAUUUACAGGAAACUGUUCCGACCGAAGCACUUUCAGUUACUGCCAAACUCGACACAGAUGACGUAGAUCCCAUGAGCCGUGGGCGACAUGCCAAUAUUGAACUAGCGAAUGCGCAGCUUGCGUUACAAUUAGCUAACUCCGAAAAUAUUUCUCUAAGAACCGAACUUGGUGUGGUACAGAAACAGGUCUUCACUCUAAAAGAGGUAAUCUCUUGCUGCAAGCAAAUGUUAUCCGUCAAGGAGGAGCAAUGUACACAGUUGAAGGGUAAGCUGCAGGAAAUUGAAACUUCAUUUGGGGAGCGUGAAAUGAAAAUUAUGUCACAAAAUUUGCGGCAGGAAUAUGAGCGUCAAUUGGGCAAUAUCCGGCAACUGAGACAAUUGUACGAGGAAAGGCAACGUAUUUCUGCAGCAGAACAGGAGAAUUUACAAAGAUUGAUAUCGAUUAAAAAGGACGAACUUGUCGCUGAAAACGAAAAAACAAAAAACUUUGAAGAACGCAAUCAAACGUUAGUGAAGGAAGUUGAAUCCGCACACAAUGAAUUGGCAACACUGCGUGAGGAGUGCAACGAGCAUAAAUUCGAGAAAAGGACUCUUAAGGAGGAAAUGGGUGCUGUAAAUACGCUUUUUACUCAAAUGUUAAUGGGCUUUAAUGGUCAGAAUAACUUAGAUAUUGACCGGCUGACAACAAUGCUGGAAGAGAAUCGAACACUUCUCAAUGAAAUGACAAUGAAAGAAGUAAGUUGCAAUGAUGGAGCCACACUUCCAAAACUGUUGUUUGAAUUAGUGGAACAGGCAACGGUAGGUGAGCGAGGGAAAGACAGUUUAACUUCAACAUUACAUGAAAUUAAAAACAGUAAUGAUAAAGAACACAUUGAGCAGGAUAUCAGUGUUGACAGCAUACAGAAUCCUGAUGUCAAAGGAAACAAUUCCGCACAGCUAACAGAUACAGAAACCGAAGCAACAAGCAAUAUUCAAGAACAGUAUAAUAACAACAAAAUGGAACAAAACGAAGAUAAGACAGAGGAACAAAAUAGUUUGCAGAAUAUUAUUUGUUCUGACACAAUUGGUGGCACAGCCAUUUGUAAUAAUACACAAGACAGAGUUAGUUCAACGUCGUCCAUUACAAGCAAAAAUCUAAAAAAAUACAACCGAGGAAGUUUGAGCAACAAAACUCCACCACCAUCAAUGUCAUCAUCAGCACCAUCACCAUCAUCAUCAGCACCAUCAUCAUCAUCAUCAUCAUCGGCAACGUUGCUGCCAUCUUCUACGUUAUCCACAAUGGGUGCCAACAUGUCCACAAUGCUCAAAUUUAAUGAUCCUGAAGUUAUUGGCAAAGUUGCAUCAGCACAAGAAAUUAUUGGUAACUUGCCGAAAGUUUGGAAAGUGUUGAUGGAGCUUUUAAGCCACCACAAAAUUGAGCAAGUGAAUUUCGAGGAAAAUGGAAAGGGCGAGGAUUGUUACAAAUCGGUCGAGACUCCAAAUGGACCAAAGACUGAAAUAAGUGUUAGCAAGACUUACAUCAAAUUAAAGGAUCUUAUAUUAGAGAAGAAGUCCUUGGUCAAAGAAACUAAUCGCUUAAAAACAUUAAAUUGUCAUCUUGAAUAUCGCCUCAACGAGCAAGAAAAGCGUCUCAGUGCAGUAAGCUUAGAACUGACAAAAACUUGGCACUUGGUUGGCAAAAUGCAACGUCAACAUCGUCAGUUGCAUACACAAGAGCAAAUAUUACGCUAUCAAUUGCAACAGAAACGACGUUUACUUAGCGAACUCAAGGAUGAAUUGGAGUAUUGUCGUCGUAAGUGGGCGGCUGCACGUGCUAAAAAUGAUGAAAGUCAAGAGCAAUGGAAUGAUUUACGACGUGAAUUUGCCAAACGUAAGCUGGAGGAUGCCAACAAUUCGGCUGAGAGUGGUUACAGCGAUUCUGGUCCAGUAUCGGAUGAGGAAGAACGUGCUGCUGCCUUGGUUCGCGAUGGUAGCAACAAUUGUCGUGCAGAGAAUUUUAAGGAAUUAUUUGAACAUACACGCAAAAUUAAACGCAUGCAAAGCACUUCACCUGGUCGUGCCGGAUACGGUGGUGUAGAGAUAGUGUUACGUUGGAAUAGUGCACCGCCUACAUGCGGUUGGCGUACAAGUAGUGGUAGUGCUAUAGGUAAUUUUGAUGAUGAUGAAGAUCUUCAACCACACGAAUUGCCUGUGGAAAUAAAUACAGGUGCAAAACGUAAAGUAAAUGAGCAUUGUUCUCGCAGUAAGUACAGGAGUAAUAGAAACGUGCCAACGAAAGGUAGCGUUGAUAUGAAAAUCGUAGCUGAUGAUAAAAUUCCUGAUACCAUGCAAUGUACAGAACGUGCCUCUCGUAUAGAACGUUUGGAAGAGCAAUGCAAGACACUGAUUCAGCGAGUUUUGGAAACUUCAGAUAAUCGUGAGCGAUUGGAAAUUCAACUAUGUCAAUUUCAGGAUGAAAUAUCUCCAGUACAAUAUGCAGUACCAUUAGAUGAGUUCAUAAGUAAAAAAAGAACGGAACGUAUGACACGUGCAAGUUCCGCUCCAGCUACAGGUACUCUAACACCACGAGAAGAAGAAUAUACCCGUAAGCGUUCCGAGCGAUUAGAGCGACUAGAAGAGGAAAGUCGUCAACUAAUGUCCCGUAUAAAACGCACAUCUGACCGUGGACACUAUUUGCGUUGUUCAUUAGAUCGCAUACGACGUGCUCCGAGUCGGGAAGAAAGCUUUGAAAGCAACACCGAAGAAGAUACAAGUAAAGUUGAAGGAGCAACUAACGAUAUUACGAAAAACGAAAAUGAAGCCAAUAUAGUUCCUAUACAAGAAAAUGAGAGUCCACUGACUGCUACUGAAGAAUCCUACACUACUCGUAGAGCAGCGAGACUUAAACGUUUGGAAGAACAGAGCAAAGAGCUGCUAACUAAAAUGUCACUUAACACUCAGAGAGGUAAUGCUCUUGAAAAUAAAUUAGAUACUCUACAUGAACACUAUGGAGUAAACACAUCUGCAGCUUCUGCAAAUCCUGCGGAGUCUCAAACUACAACUAAUGUACAUACAACAGUAGAAACAGCCCCAACGUUAGAGGAAAAGCUGGAAGAUAUUGAAAAAAUUACUAACUAUCGCCAAGAACGUUUGCGCAUACUUGAGCAAGAGGGAAAAGAACUUCUUACACGAUUAUCAAAUACAUCUGAACGUGGCACAAGAAUGAUAAAUCGCAUUACACAGCGCGAAAACAACCGAAAUUCCCAAGACAAAACGAAACAAAGUAGUGAUACUUCUGGAAGCAUGGAAACUGAUCAAGUAUUUACAACAGCAGAUAUUACACCAACAAUUCCAUUGACAGUGACACCAAACGAAAUUGCUAGCACAAGUAUUGUGCCAGAGGGACUGGCUGAGGGAGUAACUGUUACGACUACGGCUUUACAAGUUGCUGCGCAGCAGGGUGCAAUUCCAAAGGUCAAACCAUUAACGCAUUUGUGUGUUUCCAGACGUCAAGCACCUAAAAAACCCAUACAACAAAAUUCAAAUAACCCUAAUGAAACCUUGGAAGAGAUGGUUAAACGAUUGCAGGCUUUGCCUUUUCCUCAGGAGUGCGAAAAAGAAAGUGAAAAUAAGAAGCAUGAAUCUGAAGAGGAUGAACACGAGAAAAAAUAAGAUUUUUAUACGAGUAUAUAUAAUCACUUAAAGCACUUUUAAAGACUUUUCUGUGUUCAUUUAUAUAUAACAUUUUUCCCGAUAUUUUUCUAGAUUUCUUUUUAAAUUUAAUAUAAUGGAG